UGCGUGCAUCAAGUCCUGUAAAGCAGCUGGCUUUGGGCAACUGACGGACAACUCUUUAGUUUCACAGGCUCUCGAACUUCUAUUUUCAUCAACUGUCGAGGAACUGAGCUGACCGUCGAAGGAAUCUAACGAUACAGGUUUAGGAAUAACUUUCAUUUCAGUCUGUUGGCGUAAUCUUUAUAAACAAAACUUUGAGAAAGUUAGGGUCGAGAAGUUUGUGUCCAGAGCAAUCCACAGACCGAGUAUUUCAGCCAUGAGCAAAGUCUUCGGAUGCGUGAUUGUUCUUCUGCUGAGCACUGCUCUCGCCUCUCCGAUUCUGAAAAACUCUCGACGAUGAUGGUGCUAAAGAGCUGGUCAACGUUCAGCUUCUACAUCAUCUCAGCGAUCACCGAGUCAGACGUGAAGCGGGAGUCUCCAGCAUGCCAGACGUUAUCGUGACGCAAUUCCGGUUGUCAGACAAUGACGUUAUUUUGAGACUUCGUCGGGUGUCGUACCCUAGGACCUACACGUUCGGCGACGUGAUUGAGGAGCACACGCAGUCCCCUACGGAGUCCUCUGUGUACGUCGAUCCUUCACGAUCUGCUGCCUUCAUGGUCACAAAGUCGGAAUAUGACGAUUACAUCCUGGAAGGAGAUCUUCAUCACGAAGGAAAACAACUUUAUCUACGUCCAACUCGCAGCAGACGAUCAGCAGAUGAUCACAACGAACAUGCAGUGUCCCCUGUGAUUAACUCCACUGCCAUUGACUUUGGCAUGACUACUUUUACGUUGACGCCAGUAACAACAGCGAUAAUACAGGCAGAACUGAUGAGGGAAGCCACAGAAGGAGACGACAAGCACAAACAACGACAGUGCACACUGUUGAAAUAACUGUCGUCGCCGAUUUCAGAGCUUAUUCCAACUGGAACUCGCAUUCUCCAACGGACACAGUGGGCAAGAUGAGAACAUACUUCACUUACAUUGCAGCCUCGAUGAGCAACAUCUACAAAAAUAUCAACAAAAUAGACAGCAGCAUUGAUGUCGUGCCGCUUAUUACCAAUUUCGUCGUUCUCACGACACCUCAAGCGUCCAGCUUCUCGGAGUCAUUGACGACCAGCUCUGGCUCUAUUCAGGGAAAAGCCUUCCUAGACUCCUUUACAAAAUGGAUUCCAAGACAGACGAGCAUCAAAGCAAGUGACCAUUACAUGGCGUUCACAGGGUCUGAACUUACUUCAGCGGUUGGUGUCGCAAACAUGGCAGCCGCGUGCAGGGGCAGUGUGGCGGUGUCUGUGGUGCAAGACCAAAUGCAGGCUAGUGUGGCCAACACUGCUGCCCACGAGCUCGGACACAGCCUCAGUGCUGCCCACGACGGCGACGCUGGCUGCGACAACGCCAAGCACUACCUCAUGGCGCCCAUGCUUGUCGUACCCCCGAAGGACUCCCCUAAGCAACAUCUUCACCUUCUCCACCUGCAGCAUCAGCUCCAUCAAGCGCUAUUUGAGCAUGCAAACUUGCACACGUCCAGCCGCCACGACGGCCACAGGUGUGUUUGCCCAAGCAGCCAACGGACAGUUCAUCAGCAACCCGGAUCUUCAAUGUCAAAUGGCCCUGAAUAAUGCCCAAAGCCGAGUCUGCCAGCAAAUUAAUAAGGGAGGGAAUUCUUUUUGUUCUGGAAUGCCGUGCAGCAAAUCCAGUAACUACUGUCAGUUUGUUCUUCCUUUUGACGGCACGUCUUGUGGAAAUGGAUUGGU